AUGGCAAUCGUGGGAUCUUCAACCCUCUCUUACUUCUACCCAACUCUCGUCAAAGGUCUCGGAUACGAAUCCACAGCAGCUCAAUACAUGACCAUACCCAUCUUUGGCGUUGCAUUUGUAGCCACCGCCCUCACAGGCUACUUCGCCGAUAAGAAGAGCCAAUGGCGAGGCGUCAUACUUUGCGCCUGGAUGAGCAUCGCCAUGCUGUGCGCCAUCAUCAUAUGCGUCGUCUACAACUUCACAGCACGCUGCGCUCUCCUCGUCAUCAUGGCUGCAGCGCUCUGGGCUUCAAGUGGUUUGUCAUUGUCUUACGCCUCGACUACCUUUGGCUCGAUGCCUAAUGAGACACGAGCUAUUUCUUUGGCGUUUGUCAAUGCAAUGGGUAAUCCGGCGCAGAUCUACGGUGCCUACUUGUUCCCAGCUUCAGAGAAGCCAAAGUAUCUCAAGGGGUAUGGAGUCAUCAGGGGGCUGUGUUUUACUGGAGCUGUAUCAUAUAUCCUCUUGCAUAUCUUUCUCGAAGGCAAGACACGGUUUGGGGUAAUAAUGACACUGAGAAAAGUAUUGUCACCUGCGACUGCUAAGGCUUUGCUCGGCGCUGGCUACACAGUUCGAGUUGAGGAAUCCCCGGACCGCAUUUACAAGAUUGACGAGUUCAGAGAUGUUGGGGCUGAAAUCGUACCCGCUGGCUCGUGGGUGAAUGCACCCAAGGAGGAUAUUAUCCUGGGAUUGAAGGAGAUUGAGGCGAAUGGUACACCGUUACUUCACACCUACAUUCACUUUGCUCAUGUAUUCAAGAAGCAAAGCGGCUGGGCUACUGAGCUGUCCCGCUUCGCAAACGCGGGUGGCUUACUAUAUGACUUGGAAUUUCUUACGGACCAAGAUGGACGCCGGGUAGCUGCAUUCGGAUAUUGGGCGGGAUAUGCCGGGACCGCUCUGGCACUCCUGUCUUGGGCUCACCAGCUGCUCAACCCUGGCGUACCCCAAGGACCGGUUCCCGUCUUCGACUCUGCCUCUGCUUUGACUGAACUUGUCAAGGGUAAAGUCGACGCUGCACGCUCCGCCAACCACGGCGCGCUCCCUCGACUGAUCGUAAUCGGUGCCCUGGGCCGCUGCGGCAAAGGUGCCAUCGCAGCAGCUGAGGCCAUUGGUGUUAGUGACAUUCUGAAAUGGGACAUUGCUGAGACGAGCAAGGGUGGCCCAUUUCCUGAAGUCGCCUCGUCUGAUAUUUUUGUGAACUGCGUCUACCUAGGUUCCAACAAGAUUCCACCCUUCACAACUUUUGAAGCACUCUCAGGACCCGGCAGACGACUCCGGGUCAUUUGCGACGUCAGUUGCGACCCCAACAGCGAGAAUAACCCUGUUCCCGUCUACUCCAGCUACAGUUCGUUCGAAAACCCGACUGUCCCUGCUUCUGAGCAUAUUGAUGGUCCUGAACUGCGCAUCAUUGCUAUCGAUCAUCUUCCUACCAUGGUUGCACGCGAGUCGAGUGACGAGUAUUCCUCACUACUUCUGCCAAGUUUGUUGACUCUGGACCGCCGGGAUACUGAGGGGGUUUGGCAGCGAGCAGAACGGAUCUUUCGCGAGAAGGUUGCAGAGCUGCCCUAG